AUGGCAAAGAACAAAGACGACAUAAAGUACGCAACAGCUCAAACAAAGCAGUCUGAAGACGAGGCGAUACGAGUGAGAUACAAACAUGGGACACCACUUGAAGGAGGGAAGAUCGCAGAGUCUGAGCCUGUAGAGCUGUUCUCAAGUGCUCAAGGUAUCGAAAAGGGAAAGGAUCAGGCAGCUUCUGAACUUACUGGUGAUCAGAGACAGAUGCAACGUGACGUUAAAGACGUUCCAGGAACACGUACUGAUGAUACUCUUCGUUAA